AUGGAGCAAUGGGAAAUUGGUAGACGCGAAUUGUUUGAGCAAUUGGAAAAGGUCUGCAACAACAUCGAGCAAAAUCUCAGCAAUGGUAAUCCCAUCCCUCCGAACGAAUUAAGCUUGUUUACUGAUCGUGCUGGACUGGCAGAACUUGUCGAUGGUGACAAUACGAUAAUUCGCAAGGAUGAAUUAAAGAGUUUAAGAUCAAAAGUGAAAUCCUUUGAAACCGGCAAUAAAAAACAGGCUGCUCAGGCCGGCUCAGACGAUGAUGCGCUGCUGGAGAAGGGCCUUAAAAUAAAGCUUCUAGAAGAGGACAUUUCAAGACUCAAAGAGGAGCUCCGAUCAAAUCGAGAUGCAGCUACUAGAGCUGACAAACUUGGCGAAGAGAAUAGGCUUCUCACGGAGGAGCUGAAGAAGUAUCGGAAUGUAACUUCACGGGUAGAAGAUCUUGAGGAGCAAAACAAAAAGCUGUCGAUGGAACUAAGCAAUGCGGCCAUACGAGCAAGAGAUGCCGAGCUUUCUAGUACCGACAAUAAAAGGCCGAGUUCCUUUGACAACGGUCAACUAUCUUCAGAGGGCCGGGAAUUGAAUUAUAAGAAACUCUUGAAUGAUCACAAACGUGUCAAGGAGCAAUGGUCGAUACAGAAAGAAAGAGCAGACAAACUUGCCGAAAUACUGCGGGAAAAGAAGGCGAAAUCACGUCAAUCGGGAGUGUGGAAUAACGAGCAAAAUACACCAUUUACAAACAAAGCUGAUCAAUAUAUUGCACAAGCACAAGAAAUUGGGAAAUUAAGGUCAGGUUCACGAGAAUUAGGAAGCAAUAUUACCAUGGCUAGAAAUAUUUUGCGGAGUGACCCCGGAGGUAUCGUUCUGGCUGCUCCACCAUCUGAAGUCCUUUUAAUGAGUCCUACAAAAGAUGCCCAAGCAAAUAAGACUCGACAAUAUGAUCCGGAUGAUUUUGAGCCUGAGAAAGGUGACUAUGAGGAAGCGAAUCAUGAAUCUCCCCAGCUUCCAAGACAUGUGUACAAAUCUCAGCGUGUAAUCAGUGUCGAAGACGACGCUCGGUUGUUACCUAUAGAACCUCAGCAUUCAAGUUCUACGCAAGAUCCCGAGUCCUCCCCAUCUGGUGACAGGGAGAGUGAUAUCGCAAGGGAGCCAAACAUGGAGAUACCCAAGAUGCAAUCAUCCAGCGACACCCCAGAAUUCAUAUAUACCCGCUCGGUUGGGAAGAGGAAAAGGAACGAACAUGAAUCACAAAACACGCCUGUGCCUAAGGUCAAGGUAGAGCAUAUUGACUCAAGUAGUCCUAUCAUUUCUAGGACACUUCAUGCAAGUGAAAGCCUCGAUUUGGACGACAUUGGCAACAAGGUUGUUACACCAAGAAAGCGCCGUCGAGUAUUUGUGCCAUUUACAGAGGACGUGGAGAACGAGGUUGAGAAUGAAAUGAGCGAUGAGAUGUUAUUUGGUGACAGUAUGGAUGAGAGAAACCAAGCUCUUACACCUGUCACAAUCGAGCAGCCAAGGAGGCCAAUGAUUACGCCAGUGAGUAAGAGAGGCAAAAGCUCAGUCAGCAAGCCAUUGCGACCACUCAGUACCAAUCGUAUCCUUCCAAACACAGCGGAUACCAAGCUUCCUGCCAAACGUCAACGAAAGUCAAAUGCUGUGGUUCGAGGAGUGGAGGAAAUACUUGAGGAUGGGGAGUCAAUUAGCCCCGCAAAAUCUCCUGCUUCUGUGAAAAAGGAACGUAUUCAUUCCACCGAUCUCCUCGAUAAUCUGCUUUCAAGCUCACCACCAACAAAGAGAACGGCCUAUCCAACACCGCAAUCAGCAGUUCCAGAAGUACGAUCGGUAAUACUCUCACCAUCAAAGCUGUCAACAGAGAUAACUAUGUCGCGGUUUGAUGAAAGAGAAUUUUCAGAAAGUACACCAUGCUUCCCAAAGCAUCGUCAUGACCAUCUGCAAGAUGCUACUCCGGUACGGGGAUCAAGAGCGGCUGUAAGCGAUGAGGGACGCGAAGCCAGCAAAACUGUCAAUCGUCCUCGAAGUGGUACCAGGAAAGAGACUCCGAAGCUGGAAAGAAGAGAAUCUGUGAGCGACGAAGGGGAUGAAACCGUCAAGAGACCUACAAGCCGUCCUCAAGCUGGCAUUAUGAGGGAAAUUUCCCAACCACCAAUAAGAGCUUCCAGGCGAGGCUUAACUACAUCUGUCGAGCUGUCUCCAAAACGAGCAACAAAAGUAUCUCGGGAAUCAAUUAGGUCACCUACCAAAUCUACUCCAAAGGUGAGGUUGGGAGUUUCCAUGCCACCGACUACAACGAGCAGAAGACCAAGAAGAGGAAAGAAGCAGGACCUUGAUUCGGAUGACCCCGAACAAGAGCCAUAUAGAUCACGACCCGUAACCAUGUUGAGACUAGAUCAUUUCAAAAUUAAUCCCAACUUCAAUCAAGGUUAUGAGUAUGCAUACUCAGAGGUAGUUCGUGGUAAGGAUCGCCAAUGUCUUCCGGGCUGUGUUAGAGAAGAAUGUUGUGGAAAACAAUUUGGCGCCUUAGCGCAAGCUCUCUACCAGGCGAGAGAAGAUCCUACAACUUCACAAAAGAAAGAGGAAGACAAUCUUCUAGAAGGGUACCUAGGCGACAACAAACACAAGAUUUGGACCAUGCAAAAACAAGAAAGGAAGGAAGUUUUAGCACAAGCUAGAAAGUGGAAGUUAUCGAAUACAAUGGGGAAGCACCGAUCUGUUGUUCCACGGAGAAGCACGCCCCCUGGAUUCUGGGAGGCUGAUUUUCCUAACACACAAGAAGACGAAGCAUUAAAGACAAGACAAAAAGAAGUAGAACGAGAAAAGGUAGCUGAAAGAUAUGCUGAAGCUAUGAGGCCAGGCGGUGCGUGGUUGUUUAAAGAUGAGUAA